AUGAGUUGGCUGUACAGUGGAUUAAUGUGCUGUGCUGUGCUGUGCUAUGCUGUGAUGUGCCUUGAUUUGAAUAUUCACUCCCUUGCGUGGAGUAAUAUUGCCAUGAUGCUACCACUAGUAUUAGUGCAAAUCCCAGCUAUCAUCUCCAGCGAAGCUCUGUACUUUGCAGCUGAGCCCAGGGUACAUGUAUUUCCAUGGUCAGCCGAACAACCCCUUCGCUUCUGCCUCAGCCCGUCUUCUUUGCGAUUAAUUUCCUGA